AUGAGUGGAUUCACGAGUGGAUCAAUUUGCUUCGUUCUGCUGACUUUGAUUACCGGCAGUCAUAGCCAGUUACUAUCAUACCUUACAAAGCUAGGAAAGCAUGGAAAUCAAACUUUGGGAGAUUUCAUUGACUUCUCCAAAUACUUCGGAAUGGCGUACGGCGACCCUGAACCAGUUCUUCAAAACGAAUACGAUUACAUAGUCGUCGGUGCUGGUCCUGCCGGGUGUGUCCUGGCCAAUCGCCUGUCAGAAGAUCCCACCGUCUCAGUGCUUCUGCUAGAGUUGGGGAAAUCGGAAAUCUCAACAAUUCAAACCGUGCCCGGUGCCGUCUCGUUCCAACCAUCGACAAACUACAACUUUGGAUAUCUUACGGAGCCCCAGCGAGGAGCGUGUUUGGCGAUGGAAGGUCGCCGGUGUGCCUGGCAUGCCGGACGUGGACUUGGUGGUUCCACCAUCAUCAACGUGAUGGUUUAUACGAGAGGGAAUCGAAGGGAGUUUGACGCGUGGAACCUGACCGGUUGGAGCUACGACGAAGUGCUCCCGUACUACGAGAAGGUUGAAAAUGCAAAGAUUCGGGACUUUGAUGAGAUACGCGGUACAGGUGGUUAUCUGCCGGUAGAGAACUCUCCGUACAGAACGAAAUUGGUUGAUGCGUUCGUUGAGAGUGGUCAACAGUUUGGUCUACCAUUCCUGGAUUACAACGGUAAGGAACAGUCCGGGAUAUCUUACGCUCAGUUCACGAUGAAACAGGGGAAGCGAUGGUCCGCUGGUAGAGCGUACUUGAACUCGAUCCAGAAUCGUCAAAAUCUGCACGUGCUGACCAAAGCUUGGGCAACCAAAGUGCUGAUUGAUGAAGCAGCAAAAACGGCAUCCGGUGUCGAGUACACAAGAAAUAAACAAACUUUUAGAGUUGCAGCUAAACGGGAGGUGAUUCUCUCGGCUGGGACGUUUGGUAGUGCAAAGCUGUUGUUGUUAUCUGGCAUAGGACCAAACAAUCAUCUGUCUGAGCUAGGAAUAAAAAUUAUUCAGGACUUACCUGUUGGCCAGACUCUGUAUGAUCAUCCUGGAGUGCUAGGACCACUGUUUACCGUAAACAAAACUAUCGACGAUAACAUCAAUUUUGAAACAAUGAUAAAUUUUAACAAUGCAGUACAAUACAUGUUUGGAGUCGGGCCAUUAACAAUCCCCAUUACUGAAGGUAUAUCUUUCAUAAAGACUCCCGUCUCAGAACAUCCAGAUCCAUCAAUACCAGAUGUAGAAAUAAUGCAAUUUGCUGCUGCACUGCCAGUUGAUUCCAGUCCUUCAGUACAGCGUUUCUUCAACCUCAACAACAAAACCAUGGAAGCGUUCGUAAAGCCCCUAUUCAACAAAAGGUCCUUCAUGUACUUCCCGGUGCUUUUGCACUCCCGUACGAAGGGGUCGUUGACUCUGAAGUCCACCAAUCCCUACCACCAUCCCAACUUUCACUAUCAAUACUUCGACGACGAUCGCGAUCUGCAAGCGUUAGUUCACGGAAUCAAAACGGCAUUAGCGAUUACCGCCCAGAAGCCUUUUCGGGAACUUGGCGUAGAGCUAUACCGGACAAAGGUUCCCGGCUGCGAGCGUUACGCCAUCGAGAAUGACGACUACUGGCGCUGCUACGUGCGGACCAUGACCACGUCGGUGUGGCAUUAUGUCGGAACCUGCAAAAUGGGCAACGAUUCAGAUCAAAGUGCUGUUGUAGAUGAGCGAUUGAGGGUACGGGGGCUCCGGAAGCUGCGAGUUGUGGAUGCCAGUGUCAUUCCGGUUGCCCCGUUGGGACACACUUCAGCUUAUGUUUACAUGAUUGGAGAGAAGGCCGCCGAUAUGAUCAAGGAGGACAACGGUUCGUUUGUUAGCUGAACAUUCUUGGAGUUUAUGAUUAAUUA